AAUUAAAUAGAAAAAACAAUCCAAAAAUUAAAAAAAUAAAAAAUAAAAAGAAAGAAAGAAAAAUAGUGGUUGUAAAAUUGCAUCCGGCAGGCUUAACCGAAAUAACCAGAACCAGCGCCUUAAGCUGGGGCUAAGGUUGCUCAAAAUUCUUCGUCGUAGAAGAAGCCGCAAUUUAUCCAGGGAAAUUCCCAAACCAAUUCUCUCUCUCUCAAGGCAAGACAAGUAUGGCCUUGGCUUCACUUUCGAUACUCUCUUCCACAUCCUCAUUUUCUUCCAAUUCCAACGCCUACUCUGAUUCGUCGUCUUCGACUUGUUCAUUUCCCAAAAUCAGACUUUUGAAUUUCUCCACACGCAGCCUUAGAUACCCAAACUCUUUCAACUUACCUCCUUUGAAGAAGGUCCUUGCUUCCUCUUCAGCUCAGUCGCUUGAAGAUGGCUCGGCGGAGCAGUUUUUACAGAAUCAUUCAAUUGCAGAUUUUAUGAGAUUCAAACGUGGUGUUGAUGGGGACAGUGGGAAAUUGCAGACUGCUGUUGUUAGCUACAGAAAAAAGUUCCCUUGGGUUCUUUUGCGGCCUUUUCUUCAGGUUGAUUUGGUUUCCACAAUUCACAUCGCGGAUAAAGAGUACUUUAUAACCCUUCAGAAAGAACUUGAAUCCUAUGAUUGUGUCCUUUAUGAGAUGGUAGCAAGCAGGGAAAGUUUAGAAAAUAGAAAAAAUCCUGCUGCCACAAAAAAGCUUAAAGGUUCACGCUCACGUGGGUUUAACAUCAUAGGCUGCAUUCAGCGGCAGAUGGCUCGAGUUCUGAAGCUUGAUUUCCAAUUAGACUGUCUUGACUACCAAGCUGAUAAUUGGUGCCAUGCAGAUCUUGACUUUGAGACCUUCAAGUUGCUUCAGCUUGAAAAAGGUGAAAGCUUUUUCACCUUUGCAAGAGAUAUGACACUUAAAUCCACAAAAGCUAUGAUUCAGCCUGCUUCAACUCGAGACGACCUUGGUCCUUGGAGAUCUAAGCUUCUUUGGGCAUCACGUGUGCUUCCUAUGCCAUUGGUGGGCCUUCUCAUUAUUGGAAGCGUUUGUGCAGACGUUGGAAGUCCAGAAUCUGAGUUUCCAGAGCUAGAAGCCUUGUCAAGGCUUGAUUUUGGGGCUGCAAUGAAAGUAUUCCUGGCUAAGAGACUAACAUCUGAGUUCACACAGGUGACAGCUGAUGUAGAAGAAGAAUCUGUUAUUAUUGGUGAAAGAAACAAAGCUGCAAUAGGGGCACUUCAGCGGGCAAUCAAUGACGGCCACAAUAGAAUUGCCAUACUAUAUGGUGGUGGCCACAUGCCGGACUUAGGGAGGAGGUUGAGGGACGAGUUUGAUCUGAUCCCUUCUCAAGUUCAAUGGGUUACAGCUUGGUCAAUUAGGAACAGAGACUUAAACAGCAGUUCCUUUCCACUUCUUAAGACAAUGGCUAAAAUUUCAGGUUGGCCACUGAACCGAUACCAGACUUUGGCAUUGCUCAUAUUCUCCUCAGUGCUUGCAUUGGAUCUCUGGUUCUGGGAGAUCUUUUGUGGCAGUGCUUUGAAUUGGAUUUUGCAAUUUGUUUCAGAAGUUGCUAAUUAUGUUUGAUAAUGCACAAAAUGAUAUGAUAGCAGCUUUUGAUAUAUAUAUAUAUAUAUAUAUAUAUAUAUUUUAAAUGAUUUAGAA